AUGCAGCUCAUCGCAGGCAAGUCGUCAUUGGUGGUGCGCUUCGUGGAGGACGCCUUUGUGGACUCGUACUACCCCACGAUUGAGAAUGUGUUUGAAAAGACGGUCAAGUACAAGGGCCAGGAGUACAACUGCGAUAUCGUCGAUACGGCCGGCCAGGACGAGUACUCGAUUUUGAACUCGAAGCAUGCGAUCGGCAUCCACGGCUAUGUGCUCGUGUACUCGAUCGCCUCCCGCGCGAGCUUCGAGAUGAUCCAGACCGUGUACGACAAGAUCCUCAACUAUACCGGCACGUCGACGAUCCCCUGUGUCCUCGUGGGCCAGAAGAGCGACCUGCAUGCACAGCGGUACGUACAGCGCACUCACGCCAGCCAAGUGCCCGAGGCGGAGGGCAAGGCGCUCGCGCAGUCGCUGCACUCCAAGGUGUUCGAGCUGGUGCUCGCUGAGAUCGAGAAGGCGUCCGCGCCCGGCGGCGCGGAGCCGCAGCCGUCGAAGUGCACCAUUAUGUAG